CAAGAUGUAUUGCAGGUCUGCCUACGUUUCCGAUUUUUUCUCCCUGGUGGGGUCUUUCCACACGCCUGUGGUGCUAUAGAUGGACAAAGUUUAACACAGUCAAGCUGCCAAUUCCUUUCCUCUCUUGCAAAGAGGGAAAGGGAAGAAGAGAUAUGACGGAAUACGAUGAUCGCAGCUGUGCGUCAAAUAUGUAUUUACCGAGCUGCACUUAUUACGUUUCGACGCCCGAUUUUACAUCAGUCUCCUCCUUUUUACCGCAGACUACUUCGUGUCAGAUUAAUUUCCCCUAUUCUCCCAACAUAGCCCAGGUCCAACCUGUUCGAGAAGUCGCUUUCAGGGAUUAUGGACUGGACCAUCCCAGCAAAUGGCACUACAGGGGCAAUUACGCGUCUUACUACUCGACGGACGAGAUAAUGCAUCGGGACUUAAUCCAGUCCUCAAGCAGCAGGGCGGAUGUGAUAUUCAAAAACGAGUCCUUGUACGGCCACCACGGAGGGACGAGCUCGCCGUGCAAUUUCUUCGCCGGUGUCGGCCGGAACGGGGUUCUUCCCCAGGGCUUCGACCAGUUUUUUGACACUCCCAACUCGGAGAAGCUCUGCGCGGAGCUCCCCAACAAACAAAAGACAGAUUCUGCUGUUCCCGGAGAUGCUGCUGAAAACACCAAUCAGGCUUUCACCAAACUAGAGGAGCACAAAGCUGACCCGACCGGGAGCGUGGACGAGGACUCAUCCUCCAACUGCGGCGACAAGAACAACCAACAGAGUUCAUCAACCAAGUCCAGGAAGAAGAGGUGCCCUUACUCCAAAUACCAGAUCCGAGAACUUGAACGAGAGUUUUUCUUCAACGUGUACAUUAACAAAGAGAAGCGGCUGCAACUGUCCAGGAUGUUAAACCUGUCAGAUCGGCAGGUGAAGAUUUGGUUUCAAAAUAGAAGAAUGAAAGAGAAAAAGCUAAACCGCGACCGCCUACAGUAUUUCACUGGGAACCCUUUAUUCUGAUACCUGACACAGUAGCGCACACACACACACACACUCGCGGGGGUAAAAUAGGUGGUAUACACUAUCAUAUGUUUGAAAGACUGGCCCCCCUCUGCAUAUUUGAACCCUGGUCGUUUUUAUUGAUGAUCAGCUUAUUUUACAAAAAUCUGGCAUUUAAAAAAAAAAAAAAAAAAAAAAAAAAGGAAAAAAAAAAGUGCCAUAUUUUUGCAAACAAUUCUUGCAUUUAUUUAUUUGUGUUCAUAUAUUUUCGCGUUAUUGGCAACCCGAUAUUUCAGCAAAGUACGAGCUGUGCUUUGACAUGAUUUCUAUAAACUCUAUAGGCUUCCUUCUUCCUUGUGUAUGUGCAUUUAUUCAGACGCAUGUAAUGUUCGUUGUGGUGUGAAAUAAAGUAGACACGACAAAUGUUGUAUCAUAGUCACGAAACCUGUCACAUGGUCUCAACCAAGUCCUGUAAAAAAAAAAAAAGAAAAAAUACAUAUGACGAUUCUUCAAUGGCGAAGUUUGGCGCUUGCAGGCCUGUAUGGUCCCGUUAUUUCCUUUGCUUUCAAACACUGAUUGUUUACUAAACCUUGAACCGUCUAGACAGUAUAAUAAAACUAGCUGUAAAUGUCUAAAUAGGGGGCUAUUGGAUUUUUGGUGUCCCAACCCCCAGACCACAAGAGGCCAGAUUCUCCCUCCUGCCUCACAGUAGUUUCACUUCAGGCUACAAAUGUUUAGGGAAUGUAAAGAGAUUUCUGCGCAUCCCGUCCAUAUUUAGCUCCUUCUCACAUCUCGGGGGCACUUGAGAUGUUUACCAGUGUUUAACCAUAAGGAACAAUGGAAGAUAUUCUAACAAGGAGCCGCCAUCUGAAAGGAUAAGUAAUCUUUUCAAGUUUAUCCGCUUGUGUCGCUUGAAUCGUCUGCAAAGGAGAGAGAUUUCUAGAUGGAGCCGAAAAGAAAAGCGCAUUUCUUUUUCACCCCUUCUUGAACGAAUGCAGGUGAAACGUUUCUGUCUUUGUGCAGCUCCACUUUAAGCUGCUUCCACACGAAGGGUAAUCAUCUGAAUGCCAUACUUUACCUCAGCAGUGUUUAUCAUUCUUAUUUUUGUAAUCAACAGAGGGACAGAUUAAAUAAACGCAUCCAAUCCACACAAACACUCUCUUUAUUGAUAAUUCAUGUGAUGCGGGUGGAUUAUUUUCACUUUAGGUCUUUGCACCAACAAUCCCACCCCCCUCCUAUGUCUCAGCGACCUUUAUGAAAACAACGCAGUGGGAUUAAUGCUCAUUUCACGUGUGAUGUAGGCCUAUCACGUCUGCAGUAAUUUCCCAAAAAGGCUGUAAGAAAACUGAGGUUUCAUUAAGCGUUUAAUUGGGUUGUCAUCAUGUCCUACAGUGAAAUUACAUUGCCAACUGUGUGGGGUAUUUCACUUUGAUUCUCGGUGUAUCCACAUGAGGGCAGACUUGCUGCUCUGGCUUCACGUGGAAAUGCAGAGUUCAGCCAAAUUGAACAUGGACCCUGCAUGAGAAUCAGUCAGUGGAGGAAUAAUCCGCACAGCAUAGGUUUUAUUUAGACUUUCAUUUCAAUUCCAGCUGCACCAAUUAGCUUUAAUUAUAUUGUGUUUUCAUCAGAAGAAUUUCUUCUCUUUUUUUACAUUUUAAUUUUCCUUUUAUAAAAAAAAAAAAAAAAAAAAAAAAAAAAAUGCCCCAAAGCACCUGGUUUUAUAUCAAACUAUUCAAAAGUCUGUUUUUUCUCUGGAGAUCUCAGAACAUAAACAGAUUAUUGUAGCACACGCUGUUGUUUCCACUCGGUGUUGAAUCGAUGCAAGUCCUGUGUGGCAUCUUCCACGCCGUAAUUACUUUUGCGAGUCAUGUUCAAGUCUUUGGAAAAGGACAAGGCGAACAAAAGAAAAUAUAAUUCUCCUCCGUGUCUCUGUCACCUGAACGCCACAGGCUUCAGUCUCCACCUGAAGGCCGCAGAGUCCUGCAGGCCACAGAAAUCUGCCUCUA